AUCUAGUUAUAUUAAAUUAAGAUGUGGAAAGUGGGGACUCUGCUGGGCUUGGCCCUUUUACAAUCGGCUGCUGUUUCAGCCGAUUAUCAAAUUGGAAUCGGAAGGGCAGACUGCACAGGUCCGGCCGCAGAAAUAAUUUUUAUGGGUUAUGCUAAAUUGAGUCAAGUUGGGUGUGGGCUACAUUUGCGCCAGUUUUCCAGAGCUUUUAUCGUUGAUGAUGGAGAAAACAGGGCCGUUUUUGUGACAGUGGAUUCGCUAACGAUAAACCACGGAGUCAGACGACAAGUAUUGAAAAAUCUGAACUCUUUGUAUAACGAUACGUACACCGAACAGAAUCUCAUCAUAAGUGGAACCCAUUCCCACUCCACCCCUGGUGGGUAUUUGAUGGAUUUGAUGCUCGAUAUUCCCUGUUUGGGUUUUGUUCAAGAGACCUUUGAUGCUUACGUGAACGGAAUAACGCAGAGCAUAGUCAACGCACACGAAAAUAUGGUCCAAGGAAAAAUCUUCCUCUCCACUGACACCCUCCUGGACGCCAAUAUCAACCGCAGCCCCGCGUCCUACCUCUACAACCCUGAAGAGGAACGCGCCAAGUACGAAUACGACACCGAUAAAGAAAUCGUCCAAUUAAAAUUCGUCCGAUCCUCCGACAACCAGCCAAUCGGAGUCCUCCAUUGGUACGCAGUCCACGCCACCUCCAUGAACAACACCAACUGCCUGGUCAGUUCGGACAACGUAGGCCUUGCCUCCAUCCAGUUCGAGAGUCUAAUGAACCCAGGAAGCCUCCCCGGAACGGGAGACUUCAUCGGAGCCUUCGCUUCCUCCAACUUGGGAGACGUCUCCCCCAAUACCAAAGGCCCGAUUUGUAUAGAUACAGGUGAAGAGUGCGACUUUGUGACCAGUACUUGCAACGGCGACGCGAAAAACUGUAUAGCGUUUGGACCUGGGGACAACAUGGUGGAAAGUACCGAAAUCAUCGCAACCAAACUAUUCGAAAAAGGGAAGGAGUUGUUCGAGCAAGAUGGGUUUGAGGUCUCGGGACCGGUUAAAUACAUCCACCAGUACGUGGACAUGCCGACUGAAAAGGCCACAAUUACGCUGGAUGACGGUACCGAGCAGGAGAUUCAAGGGUGCACACCCGCUAUGGGUUACAGUUUCGCUGGUGGUACUACUGACGGUCCAGGCGAAUUCGACUUCGCUCAAGGUACUAUAACCGACAAUCCUUUCUGGGACGCCGUUCGCGACUUCCUGUUUCCUCCAACCGAAGAAGAAAUAGCCUGUCAUGCCCCCAAACCCAUCCUUCUUAACACCGGAGGAAUCGACUUCCCCUACCCUUGGCAACCCAGUGUGGUCACCACCCAAAUCCUCAUGUUCGGAGAAGUCGUACUGUUAGCAGUACCCGGGGAGUUCACCACCAUGUCAGGCCGACGACUCCGAGAGGCAGUCCAAGAAACCAUCAUCAGUAACGGUGGGUCCGAAAACACCAAACCCAUCCUCACAGGACACAGCAACGUCUACACCAACUACAUCGCAACGUUUGAAGAGUACCAACUGCAACGGUACGAAGGCGGAUCUACGAUUUUCGGACCACACACUCUUAACCUAUAUAUUAAUAGGUUCAAACAAAUGGCGACUGCAUUGAUGACGAAUGAAACUUUGGACCCUGGUCCGACUCCUCGCGAUUUUUCGUCCCAACUCAUCACUCUAGUGUUUCCUGCGGCUUCAGAUGGUGUAGCCGAAGGCCAAAAUUUCGGUGAUUGUCUUCAACAACCGGAAGCAGCGACUGUGGGAGACACAGUCGUCGUUAAAUUUGUGAGUGGAAGCCCGCGACAUGAUGUUAUGCACGGUCGUACCUUCCUGACUGUGGAAAAAUCGACCGGAGAUGAUUGGGUGGUGGUCGCGACUGAUGCCAACUGGGAGACAAGGCUCUGGUGGGAACGCACUAAUUCUGAAACUGGCGAAAGCGAAGUGACGAUUGAAUGGGACGUGGGUGAAGGAGUAGAGGCCGGGGAGUACCGAAUCAGACACAUCGGAAACUAUAAGGGUCAAGAUGGAGACAUUUACCCCUAUGAAGGACUAUCAGACACUUUCACGGUCUCUUAACUAAUCAAGUACUUUAUUGUACAAUAAAACUUCUAGUACCAC